AUUGUAGCCUAGAUCACUGAUAGUGGUAUUGGUGUUAGUAAUGAUAUUUAGAAUACUGUGGACUAGUUUAAUUAUUUUAGGAUUAGCCGAAGAAGUCUGGACCCACGUGGAGAUUGAGGCUGAAGACUACUUCUUUCCAUUAGAACCAGUAAUAAAUUUCUGCAAAAUGGCCGAUCAGUGCCAGCACGACUUCGUGGCUAUUUGUGGACAAGAUUCUUUGGGUAUUUCUCGAAUGUUCAAUGAUAAUUGCGAUUUGUAUGAGUACAAUUGUGAUGAGAAGAAACAAUACCGCCAUGUAAAACUAGACGUGUGCAAGUACGAAGCCGCUGCAGCUGAAAGAGCACAGUAUAAGUGAAAAAUAAAUAAGGAAAUUAUUAUAAAAAACUUAUGACGCAAUAAAUUUUAUUUUGUAUUGA